GUGACAGCACAGCACUACGACAAGGUGGCUGCGAAGCAGUGUAAUGGCCGUCCUGAAGCGCUGGCUUACUUGAGGAUUGAGUCUCCAGAAGGUCAGCAGUACCUGACUGACAUGACCUUUUGUCAGGCUUAUGCCUGGAAAAACAGGCGCUUCAUGAUGGAAUCCUUCGCUGAGGUGGUCAAGAAGGAGACGCGCCGUGAUGCCUUGUGGGACCAGAUGGUCAACAUCCACCACAACUAUUGCGAGUGCGAAAGCUGCAGGUACCUCGAUCCUGCCACCAAGAGGUGGGUUGAGGAAAAGUUGUGGAUCACUCGAAAGGGGGCGACUAGUGCCAAAGUCGGACAGCUGGGCAUCAUCCCUGGUAGCAUGGGCACUGGCUCCUACAUAGUGCGUGGCAAGGGUGAGGCAGACUCCUGGCAGUCUUGCUCACAUGGGGCUGGCCGAUCUAUGUCCAGGGCUACUGCUUUCAGGAACAUUGACCCCAAGAGCUUUGCUGGGCACAUGCGCGAGCGUGGUAUAGUUUGGGACGUGAAGUUUGCAGACAAGGUUCGAGAUGAGGCACCCAUGGCCUACAAGGACCUCAACACCGUGAUGCAAAACCAGCAGGAUCUCGUCGAGGUUGUGCACCACCUACAGCCUCUCAUCAACAUGAAGGGCUGGUGA